AUGAUCCCGCUGCGGGAUGUCCCCGAGGAGGAGCGGGCGCGGGAGCAGCUGGAGAGCGGGAUCCUCCACGCGCUGCUCCUCUGCGAGGGCUUCUUCGACCCGCACCAGACCUGGCGGCGGCAGCUCCGCGGGGAAUUCAUCAGCUCCAAGGAGAAGAGCAAAUACAAGUUCGCCCCCGCCCCUUUGCCCCCCGAGUUCGGCGCCUUCUUCCAAGAGAGUUUCCAAGCAGGAAAGCAGCUCCCUGAGACACUCCAGCUCCGACUGCUCCAUCUUUUUGGAGCCAUCCUCUCUGGCUCCAAGGUAAUGUGGGUGGUUUGGGAUGGGGUUUGGGAUGUGGGAUGUGGGAUGUGGCCGGGGCUGAUCCGUGCUCCCCUCCUCACAGACGCCAUCCCGGCCAUGCUGAGCUGCGAGGACCGGCCAGUGCUCCAGGCCACCUUCCUGAGCAACAACUGCUUCGAACACAUCAUCCGCCUGCUCCAGAACAGCACGGUACGGGAUGACUCCACCGACGCCAUCGCGGUCCACGCCCUCGGCGUGCUCACGGCCAUCAUGAGCAACUCACCCUCGGCCAAGGAGGUGUUCAAGGAGCGCAUCGGCUACACCCACCUCUACGAGGUGCUGAGGAGCCAAGGGCAGCCCACCCAGCGCCUGCUCCAGGAGCUCCUCAACAUGCUGCCCACGGAGGGGGUGGUGGCCACCACGGCGGCCGGGAGCCAGGACAUGGAGUGGGGCAGCCCCACCUCCCUGGAGGGUCACCUGGGCUCCGUGGCCAUCUUCUGUGAGGCUCUGCAGCAGGCCCAGGUCAAGGCUCUGUUCUGUGCAGGCCCGAAUGUCAUGUCACCAUUUACACUGGAAGGGGACCUGGUGGAGCUGAGCAGCAAACUGCUGCUGUACUACACCCCCCAGGCCUGCAGGAACAACAUCUGCCUGGACCUCUCUCCCAGCCACGGCCUGGACGGGAGGCUGACGGGGCACAAGGUGGUCAACUGGGACGUCAAGGACGUGGUCAACUGCGUGGGUGGGAUGGGAGUGCUCCUGCCCCUGCUCGAGCAAGUGGUGUCCAAGAAGGAGGAGCCCGAGGAUGAGGAGGAGACCAAUGACUUGGUGGGGCCAGAGCUGACGUCCUCCAGGAACGCCCAGGGCAUGCUCAUCCCGCUGGGAAAGUCCUCAGAGAACAGACUGGAGAGGAACAGCGUGGCAGCCUUCCUGCUGCUGGUGAAGAACUUCAUCCAGCACCACCCCGUGAACCAGGAGAGCCUGGUGCAGUGCCACGGGCCGGCCAUCAUCGGGGCACUGCUGCAGAAGGUCUCCAGCGCUCUGCUGGACAUGAGCACGCUGGUGGCCUCGCAGAUCCUCAUGGAGCAGGUGGCCUCCGAGGGCAGUGGGCUCCUGCUGCACCUCCUGUACCAGCACCUCCUCUUCGACUUCCGCAUCUGGAGCAACAGCGACUUCGCCGUGCGCUUAGGCCACAUCCAGUACCUGGCCAACGUGGUCAAGGACCACAAGCAGCGCAUCCGUAAGAAGUACGGGGUGCAGUAUGUCCUCGACUCCAUCCGGACCUACUACGGCACCUCCAGGGAGAAGACCACGGCCACGGAUGACAUCAAGACAGUGCAGACAUCCCUCUUCAGCCUGGUGAAGGAUUUCUUCUGCCGGAGCUUCUCCGGGGAGGAGAUGCAGAGCUUGCUGAGCUACCUGGCUGGGGCCCAGGACGAGCAGCAGGUGUGUGGGGCGCUGGAGGUGAUCCACAGCCUGCUGAAGGGCUCACCUGCCCAGGAGCAGCUCUUCGCCUUCCUCUUCGAGCCGGGCCAGGUGGAGGUUCUCUUCUCACUGCUGGUGCAGAAGAAGUUCUCGGAUGAAGUGCGGGAGAGGGUCUUCAAGAUCCUCUACAAGAUGCUGAAGUACGAGAAGGUCCCUGAGCGCAGCAAGAACCGCCUGAAGCUGAAGGACAUCGGGUACCACGGGCUCAUCUCCUACCUCAGUGAUGUCCCCAGCUCCAUGCUGCUCUUCCGCUGCCUCUCCGAGCAGGUCCUCGGGGCAGACCCUCCCAACUACAAGGACCUGGUGGCCGUGGUUUACCUGUCCCACCGGGCCGACCUGACCGUCCGGCUCGACCUCUGCCGCAAGCUCUUCCACCUGAUCUACGCCCAGCAGGACCUGGUGAGGCAGCUGGCCAGGCUGGCUGGCUGGCAGGACACCCUCACCAAGCUCUACGUCCGGGAGUCCUACGAGUCCCGCCAGCACAGCCUGAGCACCAGCGGGGGCUGCGCGGAGCUGCUCCGCCUCUCCGACCCCCCCGGCAAGGAGGGCACGAGCCCACCGCCGGCCGAGCUCCAGGAGCUGGAUGUCUUCCUCCCGCUGGGAUACGAGGCCUCGGACCAGGAGCUCUCCGAGGGCUUCUCCGACCACUCCAUCUCCCCGAGCGGCCGCACCAAGUCCUUCCACUCCUACAACUUCAAGUCUUUCGACUCCUCCGACCGGGCCAGGGUGGGAUCCGUGCCCAGGCGGGGUCUCCCGUGUCCCCAGAUCUACGAGGGGGUGAACAGCCUGCUGGACAAGCUGGGCGUGUGGUACCACCUGGCCAACGGCACCUCCGACCUCAGGGAGAUGGCCCAGGCGGGGCUGCGAGUCCUCGUGGGCUACAUCCUGCUGCAGGACCCCCAGGUGGGGAUCGGCUACGACUUCAAGCGCCCGCUGUCCCACCUGCGCGAGGUCCACCUGCGCCGCUACAACCUGCGCCGCUCCGCCCUCGAGCUCUUCUUCAUCGACCAGGCCAACUACUUCCUCAACUUCAGAAAGAAGGUGGAACGCCCUUAUCCCACCCCCAAGCCCCUCCCAGGGCCACGGCCCCCGUCCCUCCAGGUGAGGAACAAGGUGUACUCCUGCAUCCUCGGCCUGCGGCCCCCCAACCAGAUCUACUUCGGCAGCCGCUCGCCCCAGGAGCUGCUCAAAGCCUCGGGGCUCACACAGAAAUGGGUCCUGCGGGAGAUCUCCAACUUCGAGUACCUCAUGCAGCUGAACACGAUCGCGGGGCGCACCUACAACGACCUGUCCCAGUACCCCGUGCAAUUCCACACUCCAGAACGCACCUGGGAGUGGGAUGUUGUCACCUGCCUGGCUCUCGACCUCUGCGGCAUCUACCUCAUCUCUGGAUCCCGGGACACCACCUGCAUGGUGUGGCAGGUCCUGCAGCAGGGUGGGUUUUCCAGCGGCUUGGCUCCCAAACCUGUGCAGGUCCUGUACGGCCACGACGCCGAGGUGACGUGCGUGGCCAUCAGCACCGAGCUGGACAUGGCGGUGUCGGGCUCCAAGGUGCGUCCGGGCCAGUUCCACCGGCGGCUGUGGCGUUCCACGCGGCGCAUCUCCCAGGUGUCGGCUGGAGAGACGGAAUACAACCCCUCCGAGGGCCGGGCCUAGGCUGGGAUUAACCCCUCCAGGAACCAGGCCUAGGCUGGGAUAAACCCCUCCCAGGGGCCGGAUCCAGGCUGGGAUUAAUGCUUCUGGGAGCCAGACCUAGGCUGGGAUAAAUCCCUCUGGGAGCUGGGCCUAGAGUGGGAUAAACCCCUCCAAGGGCCGGGCCUAGAAUGGGAUAAACCCCCCCAGGGGGCCCCGCGCCCCCGGCACAG